CUGGUGACAGCUGAUCGGCGCGUGUGAACUUUGAACACGGUGGCGGUGUUUUUGUUGACGAUAGUUUGUGAAAUCGUGAAACAGUGCGGCUAUUUUGUGAUAAUUUAGUGAAAAGUGCAUAUUUUCACGGAAAAUUCACUGAAAAAUAGUGCAGUGAAAAGCUGUGAGCACGCUGAACCGCCCAUAAGCAAAGAUUUUUACCAACAAAGUUAAACUUCUCCAGUAGUCACUUGAUGGCCACAGGAUGAUGCACUACAAAAAGGGCAAAAACGUCGAGGAGGAGCUGACGCGGGAGCAAAUUCCGCUCGAGAAUCUGCCCCAGUCGUUCCUGUGGAUGCACGUGAAGGGCGGGUCGCGUAUUUUCGGGCUGAUUGACUACGCGAAAAAGGAGCUCGAGUCGGGCCAGUACCGGGCGAUGGUGUGGAGCGGGACGGGCGGCGGAGUCGGGAAGACCAUCAGCUGUGCGGAAAUCAUGAAGAAGGACUACGAGCUGCACCAGGUCACGCGGAUUUGCUACCGGAAAGUCGAAGAGUUCUGGGACCCCCAGCAGGAGGGCCUGGAGCCGAUCGUGGCCACCCGGAACAUCCCCAGCAUCCACAUUCUGCUGUCGCUGGAAGAGCUCGACCCAAAGACGCCCGGUUAUCAGCACUCGCGGACGCGGACCACGUUCUGGAGUGAAGGAGAUCAGACGGAGGGGAAAAGUGGCCGGAAGAACUACUUCACUGGGCCGCAGCUCAAGAAGAAGCCAAACCGACACUAUGAAAACGGUGGAAAAGAUGGUGGGGGAACUGGUGCUAACGGCGGUGGUCCGGAAGGUGGUGCUGGUGGAAAUGGUGGUGGGAACAAGAAUAAAAAGAAGAACAAGGGAAAGGGUGGGAAACCGGCCGAAGGUGGACAAACGGAAGUGAAGGAGAAGAAGGAUUCCGGAGGGAAGGCAGAGAACAAGGCGAAGAAAGCUAAGAAUAACGAAAAUAAGCAAAAGGCACAAAGUUCCGGUUCUGGUGAUGCGGCACCGGUUGGGAAGGAACCGGCACCGGGAACGUCUUCGGAAUCGUGAGUAAAUUCUGUUAAGCUGAAUUAAAGUGAAUGUUUAAAAUAA